UGUGUGCCUGUGCGCAUGUCUAGUUUUCAAAAAUUAAUCUUUUGUGUUUCACAGAAGAUAUUUAAAUGGGAUUUGAAACUACAUUUUGGUGAAGUGUCCUUUAAAUCUAUUUACAGACAUACCUGUACUGGCCACUGUAGUGCUGACACGUUUGAAUAACAAGAGCAAAAUGGAGUAGAAUCAUGACCUCAACAGCUCUACAGAAACAACGUCAAACAACGUAAUUCGAAUCCAAAAACUUAUUUCAAGAGGAGAUAUUCCAUGUGUGAAACAAAUAUUGCAAAAGUGGAAUUUUCCAUAAAAUCUAAAUGGAUCCAGUUUUAUCACCUUAAUCAUCCUUCAUAUGCUGAUAAACUCAUCAAGCUUUGCUGCCUUCACCAUCAUUUGAAUUCCUCCAUUCUUGAGUUUGGUCUUUCAGAGAAUCAUGAGUCCAUGGAGCCGCCAAUCUAUCAUCAUAUUAAUGAACGUUUAUUACAUCUAAUGUGCUGAAGAGAACACAACAGUGCUUAUAAAGUCUGAGGAUGAAACAACUUUUAUUCUCGAGUGAAUAAACCUCUGUUUCACUUUAUUUGAACAUGUUCAAUUUCAGGAUCAUUUUAUUCAUAUCUGCUAUUGUCACUCUGGACAUUGAACUGUGUUUCAGUGCAUGUGCACCUGCUGAAUAUGACAUAAAUGGAAAUUGCUGCUCCAUGUGUGCACCCGGAAACAGUGUCUAUUGGGAUUGCACUGAAGAUACCAGUACAACUUGUGUUCCUUGCCCUGAAUCAACUUACAUCGAUGAACCCAAUUACAUUAUGAAAUGCUUUAACUGUACUGUGUGUGAUGAAAAUGUUGGACUAAGAGUGCAGAAGGCCUGCACACGCACUGCAGAUACUGUUUGUGAGCCACAUGAGGGUUUCUACUGCAUUAACCAAAAUAAAGACAGCUGUACUUUUGCUAUGAAACACUCUAAAUGUAAUCCUGGACAAUAUAUCAAACAAACAGGAACAGCAUUAAAGGAUACUGUAUGUGCUGACUGCACAGAUGGGACUUACUCAAACGGCUCUUUAACAUUCUGUCAACCACAUUCAAAAUGUGAGACAGAGGGAAGUGAAGAAAUAAAACCAGGAACAAAGUCAUCUGAUGCUGAAUGUGGCAAAUCAACUCCAGUUGGUCUCAUCGUUGGAGUCAUUUUUGCUUUUAUUGUGAUUGUUCUCAUUGUGGUUGCUGUAGGAUUCUUAACAAUUCUGAUAUUAAAACAAAGAGGACAACUCUCUAACAGAAGUAUCCGCACACACAGAUUGUACAGAAGUCCUUUUGAUGUGACUUUGACAAGCGCUCCGGACUCUCCCUCAAUCACCCGCUCUCACUCACCCGUGUUUUAACUAUGUGCACCUGCAUCUAAUCAUCAUCUCAUUAGAACUGGCAUUUAAACCCCACUCGCACACUCAGUUGGCGACUACCCUUGUUGCGAGGUACUCUGGACUUCCCCUUCCACAGUUUACUGUGCUUCUCUGCAUCACUGACUUAUCAGCUAUCAUUUCCGGAAACCACAAAUGGAUUUAUUCUACUAGUUUUGUGAGUGUUACGCUUGAUCUACUUCCUCGCAUCUCCCUCACAAGUUUGUUUACGUUCCUCUACAAACACAUACGAUAAGUGACUCUUUAAAUUCCCUGUUUACCGUAUCCCUACUCCCCUGUUUGAAACGCCCCUUCUGAACUUUGAGCACGCACUUAAGCUCGGUGAACUAGACAUUGAAAACGUGGAGGAUUCUUUAUGUCUGGAGAUACUUACCAUCUCCACGGUUUAUGCACCUGACUCUCCUUUCAUCCUGUGUGAUGUCGAGGUUACCUGUUUGAGCUCCAGCCAUGACUUCCUGUUUGCUGUUGAAGUAACCUGUUGAAUAAACUCCUGCACCUGGGUUACAUAAUUCAAGCAACAUUGGAUUGCAUCAUAUCCUGCAACAUCUUGACAGACCGGGGACGUGCAAGGGUCCUUUUUGUGGACUUCAGUUCGUCUUUCAAAACCAUCAUCCCAGCUAUUCUCCAGACUAAAUGACACUAACUCUCUGUUCCCACGUCUAUCUGUUGGUGAAUUGCCAGCUUUCUGAUGGAUAGGCAGCAGCUAGUGAGACCGGGGACAGGCAUACAGAAGAGAGGUUGAACAGCUGGCUGUCUGGUGCAGUCAAAACAACCUGGAGCUGAACACUCAAAACUGUGAUUGUGGACUUUAGGAGGAACACUCCAACAUUGAGCCCCCUCACCAUUCUAAGCAGCACUGGAGUCAUUCGGGUUCCUGGGCACUACCAUCUCACAUGACCUGAAGUGUGAGACUUGCAUUGACUCCACUGUGGAAAAGGGCCCAUCAGAGGUUGUAGAACCUUCACCAGUUGAGGAAGUUCACUCGAUACAGUUCUACACCGCUGUCAUUUUGAGUCUGUACUCUGCACUUCAGUAACUGUUUGGUUUGAUUCAGCUACGAUAUCGGAUGACUACAAAGGACAGUUCAGACUAAGAGGAUUAUUGGUUGCCCCCUGCCCUCCCUUCAAGAACUAUAUACUUCUAGAGUGCGGGAAAAUGCUGGAAAAAUCAGUAAUUAAAUUUGUACUAUGUAUUGUACAUAUAUAUUUUGUUUUGUGUUUUCUAUAUAUGCUUUUUUUAUUUUUAUAUAUAAAAUUUAUUUUUUUAUUAUCUGUCUUGUUGCUGUAUUGUGCACUGGAAGCUCCUGUCACCAAGACAAAUUCCUUAUGUGUAAACCUACCUGGAAAUAAAACUGAU